GAAGAAGAUGACUCUGACUUCUGCUUCCCCAGCCUGCAGGGACAAGGCUUUCAUCUGAGAAGUGUGGCCUCUGAUCAAGUUCCUGCCUUGCCAGUUCUCCAACUACAGUCCUGACCUUUGUCUUUGACCCCUGCAGUCAUGCCUAGGGGCCACAAGAAUAAGGGCCACUCCCGUUCCAAACAUCGUCGUGGUAAUCAGGCACCUGAGGAGAGCCAAGGUCUCCAGGGUACUCAACCUGCUGUUCAGAGAGAAUCAGCAUGUCCUCCUGUUGGCCAAGCUAAUUCCCCAAGCUCUUCUAAUGCCUGUGCUCCUCAGGGAGCUGCAUUUCCUGCCUCUCCUGAUGCAGUUAUGUCCUGCACAGGCUCUGAUCUAGGUGCUGGGGGUCGUGAUGCCCGUGCUGUUGGGGGAAGUCCACGUGCAUUCCAGGUAGAAGCCAUCACUCAGCCGAUAUGCCGAGAUGCUCUUACCAAGAAGGCUAGCAUGUUGGUAGAGUUCCUGCUUGAGAAGUUUAAGAAGAGUGAGCAGUUUACAGAUGCUGAUAUGCUGAAGGUGGUCAACAAGAAAUACAAAACGCAGUUUUCUGACAUCCUCAGGAAAUCUUCCUCCCGCAUGGAAAUGAUCUUUGCAAUGCAGUUGAAGAAAAUCAAUCCCAAUAGUCAGUCCUAUGCUGUUGUCAGCAAGCUAGGUCUCUCCACUGCUGAAAUUCUAAGUGGCAAGAGGGGGUUGCCAAAGAUGGGUCUCCUGAUGACCGUCUUGGGUCUGAUAUUCACAAAAGGCAAUCGUGCCACUGAGGAAGAGGUCUGGAAAUUCCUGAGUGUGUUAGGAGUGUAUGCAGGGAGGAAGCACUUGAUCUUUGGGGAGCCCCGAAGGCUCAUAACCAAAGAUCUGGUUGAGCAAAAUUACCUUGAGAUCCACAAGAUGUCUGAGGGUAAAUCCCCUAGAUAUUAUUUCCUGUGGGGUUCCCGGGCCCAUGUAGAAACCAGCAAAAUGAAAGUCCUGGAAGUUUGGGCUAAGAUCAAUGACACCAUUCCUAGCUUCUUCCCUACUCCAUAUGAAGAAGCUCUUAAAGAUCAAAUGGAGAGAGCACAGCCAGGAUCUCCAGUCUUGGCUUGCACAGCUGUCAUGGCCAGUGCUCAACCCAGGUGCAUGUCCUGCAACUCCUCCCACAAAUAGGUGCAACCAAGGUUGAGCUUUCACUUUCUGUUUGAAAAGGAGUCAGCCUUCUAUGUAGUGGGGGAUUUAUGGGUCACAGGAAUAAAGCGUAUAUUUUCUUUUUUUUUCUGUUAUACAAUGAGUAAAUG